AUGCCUCAAUCCUUGUCAUCUUCUAUGCAAGGCUACUAUGGAUCGGAGAAAAAUGUCGAUGAACCCAAGUCACAUGUUCCUGCUUCUAUCAAGCAACAACGACUCUUACACUCACCGUCAUACAACCUUCGCCAAUUCGAACACGUUAACGGGGCACCUCCAUUGGCUUUCCGGAAGCCAAUCCCGAUCGCCGAACGUAUUAGUAGUGCGAAAAAUGCCAUCAAGGACUUUGAUGGAAAGAUGAAUAAAGGCUAG